AUACAAUAUACAAUACAAUAAACCCGCCGCAUCCAUGGAUCAAAUGGAUCAAAUUUGUGUUAUCAAUCCCCCCAUUAACCUCUUAACUAAUUGCCCAUUACCCAUUACCUCAUACCCCUUAGAAUAGAGUUUUGUACUUUUCCUACUUUCUACCUAGAGUCUAUUUUUUCCAUUUUCCAUUUUCAAAGUAUUACUUGUUACAACUUGUUUACUUCAACUUGACACCAUAUCAUCCGUAAAUUAAAUUAUCCAUAUUCAUAUAAUACAACACUCCGACUCACUCUUUGUCCCAUUUCGUUAUUGACGACUAGGCCUAGGCUACCUAAGGUUAACUUGCCAACUCAACAAGCUUGGAGAUUGUCCCAAUUACCACCUCUUUUAAGCAAUAAAUACCCCUGCCCUUGCAACUCGUGCAGCCGUCUACGAAGUUCACCGCAUCGCCAAUUUGGUCUCGAACCCUUCGAUUUUUACCUUUAGUAGAUACGUGUCGAACGUUACAUCUUACGACUAGACUACAAUACACUUGUUAAACUUCGUUCUCUUAUCGGUCGCGCUGUACUCAAAUACCCAUUUACGCCCAUUUUUUUGCCCAUUUUGUCGCCCCUACGAGCUCCUACGAGCACCUACGAAUUAGACGUGCCGGGUUAAGGCCUUCAAUAGUACAGUCUCAUGGGUAGUCGAGGACAUCCUUCAUCUGGCGAGUAUCGCAGAUGACCUAGUAUUAUACUAUCGCAAUGGGGAUAUUUGGCGACCUCUCUCCCGGAGGCACCAUCACGAUUGGUAUCCUAGUUGGCUUAAUAUCUACAAGCGUCCAAUCUCUCGGCCUCACUCUACAGCGAAAGUCGCAUAUGCUCGAAGAUGAAAAGUUUCCGCUCGAAUUCCAACGACCCGCGUACCGAAGGCGAAGAUGGCAGUUGGGAAUGGGCAUGUUCAUCUUUUCCAAUAUAGUCGGGAGUACGAUCCAGAUUUCUACCCUACCUUUACCAGUUCUAUCUACCUUACAAGCCGCCGGAUUGGUCUUCAACUCGGUAUGUGCGACUUUAAUAUUGGGCGAACCUUUCACGCGAUGGUCUUUCUACGGUACCGUACUUGUGACCACCGGCGCCGCCUUGAUAGCGAUUUUCGGCGCGAUACCUUCCCCAGCGCAUAGUCUGCCAGAGUUGCUAGAUCUGCUCGGUAGGUGGCCUUUUAUUCUUUGGAUGUCGCUCCAGGGCGUGCUCGUUGUCUCGAUGGCAGUGGUUAUCGACCUGGUCAAUCAUCUCAGCAGCCUUUCGCAAAAUGCUAGGUUCCGACUGGCCCGCGGUCUCAUAUUUGGAUGCAUCAGCGGUAUUCUAUCGGCUCACUCUCUUCUUUUCGCCAAGUCGGCUGUAGAGCUUGUUAUUAGAACAAUUGCUGAUGGCGACAACCAAUUCGUGCAUUGGGAGUCGUGGAUGCUCGUGUUUGGAUUAGUUUCUCUGGCGUUGAGCCAGUUGUAUUAUCUACAUCGUGGAUUAAAGUUGAUAUCCACCUCAGUAUUAUACCCCCUUGUCUUUUGCAUUUACAACAUCAUCGCUAUUCUAGAUGGCUUGAUAUAUUUUAACCAGACGAACCUCAUCACACCUCUACACGGCGGGCUCAUUGCGCUGGGCACUGUCAUCUUGCUCUCCGGUGUUCUAGCACUGUCGUGGCGUCUCAGUGACGAACAGCAUCCUCCCGCUGUCGGUCAGUCGACCCUGGCACCAGGACUAGGACUAGUGGACGACACGGAAGGAGAGGAGUCAUCCCCCACAGACUCGGAUUCGGUUGGCCUAGUGGAAGAGGCUGAACCGGCUACGUACAACACCUUUGCGCCAAAUAUAGAGACAACGCCCCUCACACCAGGUCGCAAGCCUCCAACCCGCUGGCACGAGCGUUCGGAGAUAUGGGACGAAUUGGAAGAUCAAGAUACGUCCAGACCGUUAUUGAGUAAAUCUCGAUCAGUCACUAUCCCCGUUAACGUUGUUAGCGAAAAUACACCGUUAAUGGGCGACCGCAGGUUAGUACCGGGAGGAUCGGUAGUCUCUUUGACCGCAGACGAGCCCAACGAGGAGUCACCGAGGAAAAACUUCCGGCACCGAAGAAAAUCAACAGGGUUUCCAGGAUUCACGGCGCGGAAGCAUAUACGGCGGAAGAAUUCUGCGGGUGCUGGAGUUCAAGAUACUCUGGGCGGAAUUUGGAAGCUGAGGUGGUGGCGCGGAAAACGCGACAACGGCUCGGAUGUAGCAAUAGCCAGCUCGCCAGGGGGCGAAAGCGAAAGGAGGCAUUCCUGGGUUUCGAGUCCUUCGAGGAGACAGUACCAAGAUGACCCCGAGGACGCCAGCGAGAGAAGGGAUUCUAAUCAAACGCCGCGGCCGAAGAGUCCCAGAGGCGAUGAUGCUGUUUGAUUAAAGAGCUACCAAUAGCUAGCUAGACUAUAUAUGCAUUUAAGGCGGCAGGGAGGCGCAAAUGAUACACAUAGGCAGGAUAGCCUUAGCAUCUUUUGAGAUUAAAUAAGAAUUGUUAUCCAAGCGGAUCUCAUAUUGUUGGAAUUUUGAUAUUCCGUUCUUCGUUCAUGUUCAUGUUAAGCACACUUACUUAGUCUAGGGAACCUAAACCGGCCUUGCUCUUACUAUUUUAUUAAUAAUCUCUAGCGGCGAGGAUUUAUUCUUUAUGAGUGGCAUCGAGAUAGAGUCACAUCCCCGCUAAUCAGUUUAGUUCAGAUGAGGUGCACGCAUCAUGUAAAACAGUCUCACAUUCAGAGACAUAUUUAUAGCUCACACCGGCUGCCCC